CGUCGACCUAGUUCUUUUCCCUGUCUCUUCACUGCGAGCUUAGCAACUACAGAUCUGCUCUCUAACCCAUAGUCCCUGUCAGGUGAAUUUUGCAACAGAAAGUUUGACAGUUCAUCAUGGAAUACAAAAGACUGGAAGAGGAGACCCCGACAGAGGCGCCACCGCCCUAUUCCCCACCCACAUCGGGCUUACAGGCCUCAGGGAAUGGAUACACAAAUUUUAACCCCUCCGUAUCCUGCGAGUGCUGCGGGUUCGCCAUUUCACUGACAGGGGUAUCUCCCACCACUCGCCUGGUGCAGUGUCAGCAGUGUAGGCAGCACACACCUGUCGGUCCACCUCCCCCAGGAAAGAAGUACGUGAGAUGUUCCUGCAAGAAGCUCUUGCAUUGCUCUAUCACCGCCACCAAGGUGCGCUGUCCAGGAUGCAAGAUCGUUCUGAAUACUGGGCAAGUGGCCGGUCCCAUGGGUGGCGCUGUGGCGGUACCGAUCACUACCACGUCUGUGGCGAUGUCUCCUAACUGUGCUACCCGGAUCACCUGUGGUCACUGCAGCCAAGUUAUGAUGUUUGCCCCGCGAGGUAUUGCACGGUGCCCGCACUGUAGAGGGGUGUCUUCCGUGGGGAAGGAUUCCGCUCGUAUUCGGGCAAUUAUAUACUUCAUACUGGCCUUCAUCUUCCUGGGAGGCGGCAUUGGAGUGACGGUGGGCACAUACGCAGCCGCAUCUAUCCAUGGAGGUUACUACUACGUUUGGACAGGCGCCUACAUUUCCGGUAUAAUUUGGUUGUUUCUCGGAAUAAGGUACAGUGUCAUCCGUAUCAGCUAUCCCGAAAAUUUCCAAGCAUGAUGAGGUCACAAUGUGAGAACACACACGCGCUCUUGGGUCAAAGGUUAUCAAACCUUAUGAAACAUACACAGGCAUCACCCGUCUAUGAAGUUUGACCCUGAUGUUGAAUCAUUUCAGUUUAUCAUUUCGGGGAUUUUACGUCAACUGUUAAAUUUUGUACACUGGAAGGAGAUGAAAACCCUUUCGUGGAUAUAUUAACGCUUCGUCAGGAUUUUUUUUUGUCAUAAAGCACUGAGUAGGCCUACUAAUUAAAAACGUUGAGAAUUUUCUGGAUUCUUAUUAUGUUCCCAAAAUAUCAUUGUUUUGUUCUUCUUAUCUGAUUUUUCUUUGUUUGUUAUUUCUUACUAGCAGAUAUUGAUUUUUUAAUGCUAAUGGGAACACUCAAAUAGUUGUAAAUAUUCCGCUUGACCUAUGAUAGAUAGAAUUGCAUAGAUUGCGACAUAUACAUUUGAUAUUACUACAUACAUGCAACAUUUGAGGACACUGUCUAUACUCAGCAGACAUGCUACACAUGGCUAUAAAUAUUAUGCUUA